CAGGGCGGGGGCGGGCCAGGGUCCAGUCGAGGCGCGCGGGGCCGAGGGGCGAAGGCGCCGGAGCGCGAGUGCGCGUGCGCGUGCGCGAGCGGCGGGGCUUCCUCGCGGGCCGUCGGGGAGGCGAGCGCCGGUCCUGAGGCAGAGCGGCUGCUGUCAUGAGUUGGUGAUCCAUUGGUUGUGGUCCAACAUGCAGAAGCGCGUGAAUAGUGAAAAGUAGCAGCGCCUGUGGGUCAUGAGGAUGUGUAUGUGUCUGAAGGCUUCUACUCCCUCUUCUUCAGGCGCCUUCUUCGAGAACCUUAAAUGCUUUACAGAUCAUCUCUAGUGAAUCCCCACGACAGCCCUGUGAGUAAUAAAAAUGAAAAAUAGAGUUAAAGAAAAUCAUGUUCAUGGACCUUCGUGGUGUCCUGGUGAAUCUGCACACAUCGGAAGUUAACAGCAAUUCCAUGGGCACUCUGCUACCGAUUCAUUUUCUCAGCUUUGUUUUCCUGUCAUAUAAGGUGAUGUGAAUGCAGAGGAGUGCCCUUGUUCCCUAGGCAUUCAGAAUCCAGGGCGGUUCCAGGGCAGUGUGCUAUCAAGUAGGUGUGUAGGCGGUGUGGUGUGCAAUAGGUAAGUCCCUGCUAAGGGGAGGUUUUGGAGUGGCAUGUAUAUUCAAAUUUAUCACUUUGAGUGUUUAUCUGAAUCUUACAGGAAAAUCAAUACUUCACACAAAAGGAACUAUUUUGGCACAAAUUGUGUACUUCUAGUACUACUUUGCUGAGUGUUGCUACCAUUUUUGGCUCUUAUUUUUAAAAGGAACUAGCAAUUUCAUUCACUGGCAGUUCAUUAGGUGUUCUACAGAUCCGCAGUUUAAAUCUGUUGGCAUGGACACUGAAGCCCCUGCAUGGUGGCAGCACUGGAGGGAGAGUUAGAGAAUGUAUUUUCUAUGAGAAAAGGUCACUUACUACCUCUGCAGAUAACAUGAGUGCUUAGUCAUUUCUUAACUCAGUUUUUCUUUCUCUGUUGUGGAUGUUUUCCCUUCCAGCAUCAUGAUACUCUUUAAAAAAUUUUGAUGUGGUAGAUGUGUAUGGGGCCGGCACUUUGGCACAGCAGGUUAGUACCCUGGCCUGAAGCACCGGCAUCCCAUAAGGGCAGCAGUUCGAGACUCGGCUGCUGCACUUCCAAUCCAGCUCUCUGCUGUGGCCUGGGAAAGCAGUGGAAGAUGGCCCAAGUCCUUGGGCCCCUGCACCCGCGUGGAAACCCAAAAGAAGCUCUUGGCUCCUCCCACAUGGGUGCAGGGGCCCGAGAACUUGAUGACGACUGAGAAGACAGAAUUGGAAGCCUUUGUGUGGAUUGUGAAUCCACCAGGAGUUGUAGCCACAUGCAUGAUGGAGGUGACAGGGAGCCAGGAACCCAGGUCCUCCCAGAAUGAGAGGAGUAGUGAAUAGUUUGGUUUGCACCGCUCACAGCCCAGGUUUUUCGGAAGAGGAAAGGAGGGGCAGUGGUAAGAAUGUGGUGAGGGACCGGCACUGUGGUUCAGUAGGUUAAUCCUCUGCCUGUGGUGCUGGCAUCCUAUAUCGGUGCUGGUUCUAGCCCUGGCUGCUCUUCCAACCCAGCUCUCUGCUGUGGCUUGGGAAAGCAGUAGAAGGUGGUCCAAGUCUUUGGGCCCCUGCACCCAUGUGGGAGACCCAGAAGUCGUCCCUGGCUCCUGGCUCAGCUCCAACUGUUGCAGCCAUUUGGGAAGUGAACCGGUAGAAGGAAGACCUUUCUCUCUGUUUCUCCCUCUUACUCUCUAACUCUACCUCUCAAGUAAAUAAAUAAAAUCUUUAAAAAAAAAAUAUUAGAGUGUGGUGGAAGGCAGUGAGUGAAGUGCAGGGAUUGGGGGGUAAAAGGAGCCUCUAUGUAAGAGGGCUUGGGGCAAGGGUCAUCCUUAGGGAAAAGUCAGGUGUAGAGUUAGAUGGAGCGAGCCUGCCAAGAAGAGGACGGUCUAGGUGUUGGUGACCAGCCUGGAGGUUCCAGAGAGCACAGGAGGAGGCUUGCAGGCAGGACGGAUUGAUGAAGGUAGGGUCUGGGGAAGCAGUGGAAGAGUCCCCCGGGGAGUCUGAGCUUCUCACCGUAUCUGCAGUUAAGGUGCCAAGAAGUGUGAUGGAUUUCUUCCCUGGUGUUCUCAAGGCUGUAGGCAUAGAGCAAGGGGUGAGAGGAGGGCAGCACCCAGGGUUUUGGGUCUCACUGGACUCCUAUUUGAGGAGUGGUCUCCUCUAGUUGACAUAGGUCUCUAAUAACUCCAGCUGGGAGAGGGGCUGUCUUUAUUCCAAGCACUUAGGGCUCUUCUAUAUCCCUGUCCUGGAAGGGGAAGAGAGCAAGAGAGGGCCUGGGAGUCUCCUGCUUUGCUCAGCUGUGUGGGUCACCUCACAUUUUAGCAUGCACACCCCCUUGGACUGCCCCACGUUUCUGCUGGUUUCUGUGUGCCAAUGAAGAGCGCUCCUACUUCUUGCUUCUUUCCUUCCCACUUACCUGUCUGUAUUUGUUGUGUCUGGACAGAUGAAAGCUGUAGUGUAUUCCAGUCUGAGGGCAGAGCUUGUGUAUUGUGUCUUAAAGGGCUCUACUCAGUUAGGAUGUUGUUUUCAGAAAGGUCUAAAACCAAGGAUCAGCACUACCGACCUAAGAAGCAUUCAGUUCUAUCUUCUGUCAGUCCAGAUGGAAUUCCGCAGUCAAAGCCCAAAGAAACGAAGUAUGUGAAGUGACAUUUAAGCAACCUGUGUUGAGGAAACUAAUUUGGGUUUAACUAUUUAUGAGCAAUGGUUUUAAAGUUGAGAAUGAAUUCCUUGGUAAGUCCUGGUUGUCUCCCCAUGGACUGUGGCUACUGGUUUUUUUUAAGAUUUAUUUAUUUAUUUGAAAGUCACAGUUACACAUAGAAAGAGGAGAGGCAGAGAGAGAGAGAGAGGUCUUCUGUCCGAUGGUUCACUCCCCAGAUGGCUGCAAUGGCCGGAGCUGCACCGAUCCGAAGCCAGAAGCCGGGAGCUUCUUCCAGGUCUCCCACGCGGAUGCAGGGGCCCAAGGACUUGGGCCAUCUUCUACUGCUUUCCCAGGCCAUAGCGGAGAGCUGGAUCAGAAGAGGAACAGCCGGGACUAGAACCGACGCCCAUAUGGGACGCCGGUGCGUUAACCCGCUGCGUCACAGGAGAGGGAGAGAGCCGGCCCCGUGGCUACUGUCUUUUACAAUCUGUUGAGCCCUGAUGCACGCUCAUGUAAGUAAAGAGAGAACGAUUGUCCAAAAGGGCUUGACUCCAAUCCUGAUUACUUUUUCUGGAAUCCUGUUUCCUUCACAGAAACAUCACACAAAAAUAAAUUCUGUGAAACAUUUGAGUUUGAUUAAAGAUCUACUUUGUGUAAGGGGACUUCUCAGAUGUGAAUCAUGAUUUUCAAAACAAAGGGAAGGAACAAAUGAGUAUAAAGACGGAAUCAUGAAUAAACUGGAGGAGAAGCAGGACCAGAUGAUACCAUGAAGAGGAGUUUACAGGUCCUCUACUGCCAACUGUUAAGCGUCCUCCUGAUCUUGGCACUGACUGAAGCACUGGUGUCCGCUGUCCAGGAACCGUCUCCCAGGGAAUCUCUGCAAGCCCUCCCAUCAGGCACCGUGGUGACAACACUGCAUAGCUCUGCUAGACACCCCUCCAUGGUGACCUUGAAACCCCAGCCCAGCGACCCCUCCUCUCAGGCUGCAUCUCCCAUGGCAACAACGACGCCCCAUCCAGACCAGCACCCUUCAGCAAGCACCGCGUCGGCCAUUGUGACAACAGUGACCACCCUCCAUUCGGAAGGCGCCCUGCCCACGGGACCCCCUCCAGCUGCCAUGACAACCACCACCUCCUCCCUCUCAGAGGGCCGUCCCCCGGGGAAUGCUGACCCUACCAUCCUGCCAACAAAGCCAGCAGGAGGAGCCACCAGCUACCCCAGCACAGUGGCCCCCCGGGCUACCACCCGUAGGCCCCCUAGGCCCCCCGGCUCUUCCCGCAGGGGGGCUGGUAGCUCAUCACGCCCUGUGCCUCCUGCAUCUGGCAGCCACUCUGGGAGGAAGGAAGGGCAGCGGGGACGAAACCAGAGCUCCACACACCUGGGACAGAAGCGGCCCCUGGGGAAGAUCUUUCAGAUCUACAAAGGCAACUUCACGGGAUCUGUGGAACCAGACGCCUCUUCCCUCACCCCAGGGACCCCGCUCUGGGGCUAUUCCUCUUCUCCGCAGUCCCAGACAGUGGCUGCAACCACAGCACCCAACAGUACCUUGUGGCCCCCAGCCACCCACCCCCUGAUGCCUGCAGAGGACAAGCCAGACCUCAGCAGGGCAGACCAGGGGCCUGGGUCCCCCUUCACUGGCCAAGGAGUGGAGCCGGACACCACAGCAGCCUCAGGUGCCCCAGCCCACCCGCAGCCUGCCCCAGUGCCUUCUCAUCAACCCCGUGGUGACAUGCAGGACAGCCUCAGCCGCAGUGACUCUUGGCUUACUGUCACCCCUGGCACCAACAGACCCCUGUCUGCCAGCUCUGGGCUCUUCACAGCCACCACAGGACCCACCCAGGCUGCCUUUCAUGCCAGUGUCUCAGCCCCUUCCCAGGGGGUUCCUCAGGGAGCGUCCACAACCCCACAGGCACCAGCUCGUCCCCCUGGGGUCCCAGCAAGCACUGUUUCUCAAGUUGAGGAGGAAGCUGCAGCCACCCCCUCCGCGGCCAACAGGGGAUCCAGCCCUUUCUCCACGGUGGUGUCCACAGCCACAGGGAACUUCCUCAACCACCUGGUCCCCGCCGGGACCUGGAAACCUGGAACCGCAGGGAACAUCUCACAUGUGGCCGAAGGGGACAAGCCCCAGCACAGAGCCACCAUCUGCCUGAGCAAGAUGGACAUCGCCUGGGUGAUCCUGGCCAUCAGCGUGCCCAUAUCUUCCUGCUCCGUCCUGCUGACCGUGUGCUGCAUGAGGAGGAAGAAGAAGACGGCCAACCCCGAGAACAACCUGAGCUACUGGAACAACGCCAUCACCAUGGACUACUUCAACAGGCACGCCGUGGAGCUGCCGAGGGAGAUCCAGUCCCUGGAGACGUCCGAGGACCAGCUCUCGGAGCCCCGCUCCCCAGCCAACGGCGACUACCGGGACGCCGGGAUGGUCCUCGUGAACCCCUUCUGUCAGGAAACGCUGUUCGUGGGAAGCGAUCAAGUGUCCGAGAUCUGACUGCAGCAGCCUCUGCUUUGCCAGUCCCUAUUUUCAUCUCCAAAUUAUAAAUACACAAAUAUAUAUAUUAUAAAUAUAACCUUUGUGUAAUUCCGACUUAAAUGAGAAACAUUUUCAGCUUUUUUUUUCCUAAGAAUUGUCAACAUCUUUUUUAUAAGUGUGGUUUAAAAAAAAAACUUUACAGAAUGAUCUGUGGCUUUAUAAAAUAAAGAUAUUUCUAAGCAAAGCAGUUGCACUGAUUGCUUCUCUGAGUAACUGUUCGUGAACACUAAGCAGGUGAGGUAAGAGACGGACCUACUGUAACCGCUGAAUGUUAAAUGACCAAGUGUAAGAUCUUGGAGUGAUUCUGAAAGCACGGCUUCCUCUUGGUUUGCUGUAACCCAGCUCCUCCCUCCUCGUUCGCACAGUGGAGAAGGCAGCUGGGCCUGCUGGGGGAGAUGGCAGAGUCAGGCACAAAGCAGAAAAAGGAACUGCACAGCCCCCAGAGGAAGGAACCUCUGCACCACUGGAAGUCAAGUUCGUUCCAGGUGGCGGAUGGAAGGCAACCCUCAGGGGUUGUGGGGGACAUUGGCAUCCAAAGGCCACAUCUCCCCGACAUCACAGGGCAGAGAGCUUCCACCGUGCCGACUCGGGACUGCCUGUUCUCGGCAGGAGGCGGCACCCCUUCAGCACUUCCCUGCGUCUGCCCCAGGACCCGUGUGCGUCCUUGUCUCAGAGGGGAUUAGACGCAGAUCCCAGCCCUGGAACCCUAGAAUGCCCGUCCUCCUUCAAGGAUCAGAUGUUCUUUGUGGUUUAGGCUUGUUUCCUCCAAAGGCCAAGGUGACCCCUGGAGAACAUGCUUAUCUGGGAAGUCUAAAGCUGUAGUUUUUGAAACCUUCCUCCUGCAAUCUUAGAACAGUGACUGGCAUAGGAGGAGCGCUAGUCUGCUCGCCUUGGUGUUGAAGACCUGCCGGCCUCUCACCCCCACCCCGUGCUGUCCCUCAUCCCUGUGGGCUGGUGCCAAUGGGUCAGACCCGCAGAAACACAGUAGGAGCUUCCAGGGGUGGCUGCUGCUCUGUUUUCCCUAAUAGCUGCUGGCUUGGAGAGAGAACUGCUCCGAUGCUUCUUUCCUCUAAAAGAAAAUGGUUUGAUAGUAUAUUUUCAAGAUAGAUGUUCUGACAGACUGGGAGUUGAACUUGAAUGUUGGUUCACAUGUUUGUGUUGUUGCUGUGGUCUUUUUAUCAUGUUUUUCCUUCCUACAUUUUCCUUACUAAGAAAGAGAUGGCCUUCAACACUGUGUGUUCUCAAUGUUGUGAGUGCAACUGUUGUCACUUCAGCCCACAAAGAAGCAAGUCCAGUGUCACUUGGGAUUUAUUUUCUAACAUGUUGCUGUCGGACCAGUUUAACCUUAUCAUAUUAUUUCUGUUAGCAAUUGCAUCUACUAUUAUCAAUGUGUAUGAGUAUAUAUGGAGAGAAAUCUGUUUGUAAAGUAUAAUUAUAUAUAAUAUAUGUAAUCAGAUACAUAUGUUAUAUAUACAAAUGUGAUGUAUGACUUAUUUUUCUUUACCCUUAGAAUUCAGCUAACGUGUAUAUAUAAAUAAACUUAUUUUAUUACCCAGAGGA